GUUUUUAUAUUUUAAAAAUAUUUUAUUUAUUUUUAUUUUAAAUUAAUUUUUUUAAAUAUUUUCUGAUACAUUAAUUUUACCAUACUUCCAAAUAUUCAAAAAUAAAAAAAAUAAACAGAUAAAAAUAAAGAUUAAAAAUAAGGAAACGCUUAAAUAAAAUAAAAAACCCCCCCUUUUUCCUUCCUCAUCUUCUUAUUGUGCUGUUUGGAUCGCUCAAUAAUCAGAGGGAAAGAAAGAGAUAUAGGGAGGAGAAAGUGGUGCUAAAAAGACCAAAUUGACCUCGACCUCUCUAUCUUUUGCAGCUACGACUUUCUUUCACUCUCUCGAUCAGCCAAUUUCUUCUUUCUGGCGGUUAUUGCAGGCUCACCAUGAACGAGAAGGCCAACGUCUCUAAAGAGCUCAAUGCCAGGCACAGAAAGAUAUUGGAAGGACUCCUGAAAUUGCCCGAGAAUAGGGAAUGUGCUGACUGCAAAGCCAAAGGUCCAAGAUGGGCAAGCGUAAAUUUGGGUAUCUUUAUUUGCAUGCAAUGUUCAGGGAUCCACAGAAGUCUUGGGGUACACAUAUCGAAGGUUCGAUCUGCAACCCUUGACACAUGGCUUCCAGAGCAGGUUGCAUUUAUUCAAUCAAUGGGGAAUGAGAGAGCAAAUAGUUAUUGGGAAGCAGACCUACCACCGAACUACGACAGAGUUGGAAUUGAGAAUUUCAUUCGUGCAAAGUAUGAAGAGAAGAGAUGGGUCUCUAAAGAUGGAAAACCACAAUCUCCUUCUAGUGGGAGGGAUGAAAGGUCUUCUUUGCAUUGGCAGAGACCUGCUGAAAGAAGUGGGCAUGGACACACCAGCAGUUCUGAAAAUUUGUUUGAGGAAAGAAAGAAUUUUCAAGUAUCAAAUUCAAAAAACAGUGCUCCUGCUACAAGAAUAAGUCUUCCUGCUCCUCCUAGGGCAUUUGAGCAGGUCACUGCUCCAACAAAGCCUCAACAGGUUGUUGAAAAAGCUGAACCAAUGGCGGAGGCUACUGAAGCUGCAAAGAAGGUUGCAGAUGCUGCUCCAGUUGUCUCUCCACCCAAAGUUGAUUUUGCUACUGACCUUUUCGACUUGCUCUCCAUGGAUGGCCCUACUGAAAAUGGCUCGGAGGCAGCUGCUAAUGAUGAUAACAGUUGGGCAGGUUUUCAAUCUGCAGCAGUUGCUGAAGAAGUAUCAACAACUGGAAAUACUGGUCCAACUCAAGCAGUAGAAAAUGAUACCCAGUCCGUUUCUGGAAUUGAGGAUUUAUUUAAAGAUUCACCUUCUUUAGCAACCCCUUCAGUCUUGGAGAAACCCCAGAAAGAUGUAAAAAAUGAUAUAAUGAGCCUUUUUGAGAAGUCCAAUAUGGUAUCACCGUUUGCGAUGCAUCAACAACAACUUGCCAUGCUGGCACAACAGCAACUUCUCAUGGCUGCUGCAGCAAAAUCUGCUGGUGGGGAUCCAAAAGCGAUAAACCAACAGCAACUUGCUAUUCUGGCACAGCAACAGCAACUUCUUAUGGCUGCUGCAGCAAAAUCUGCUGGCGGGGACCCACAAGCAAUGAAUCAACAGCAACUUGCUAUACUGGCGCAGCAACAGCAACUUCUUAUGGCCACUGCAGCAAAAUCUGCUGGUGGGGACCAAAAACUUUCAGGCAGUAUUCAACAGCAAGGGCCAAAUGGUAUUAGCAUACCUGCACAAAACUGGCCAAAUAUUGGAUACCAAAUCCCUGGUUUGAUGAUGCCAGUAGCUGGGCAGGGUGACUUACAGAAACUUAAGCAGACUGCUGACAUGGGACUGACACAUCCUGGGGGAAGCUCUGUACCAUAUCCAACAUCGAGCCUUUAUAACAUUGAGCAAGUUACCCCUGCUAAUGGUGGGACAAACAAUGGAGUCGGGAAAACUCAAUCGUCAUCCUCGGUCUCAUCUGGUACUUCAACACCAGCCGGGAAGGAUUAUGACUUCUCCUCCUUAAUGCAAGGCAUGUUCUCAAAGCAUUGAGUGCCAUCAGGAGUUGAAGUUGGCCACAUCAUACAAUACUAAAAUAGUUGCAUUACAUGAAAAUAGCACUUCAAAGAUUUUGUUCUUCCCUUCUUGGUUUGCGAUUGUAAACUAUUCUGUAGAGGCAGUUCCAGUUUUUCCUUCAUAUUUCGUUGAUGGUUCAUUUGUACGAGUAUUCAGAGUAAUAAAGAUGGGCUAAGAUUGAUUGUCA